AUGUGUCUCUUUUCCACUUUUACCUUUGGCACAAUGUUCCUCUGGAGUCUGUGUGUCCUCAGUCUGCUUCAUCUGAGCUCUACCUGCAGUGUGGUAAAUCAGCUCUGUCCAAGCCUGAAGGCAGUGCAAGAUGAAAUCGUUCACAUUCACAAUACGUUUCGGAGAGAAGUCGUUCCGACCGCCAGCAACAUGCUUAAGAUGAAAUGGAACGAGGAAGUGGCGGCGUCGGCUCAGAAGUGGGCGGACACCUGUGCAAUGGCGCACGGCCCGACCACCAGCCGCAUGCUUGGAUCAUAUGAAAUGGGUGAAAACCUGUUCAAAGCCUCGCAGGCAUUGCCAUGGACUGAUGUCGUGAGAGCAUGGCACGAUGAAGUGGCUAAUUACAACUAUUCCACAGGGUCCAUCAAUGGGAAAGUCGUCGGCCACUACACACAGGUGAUCUGGUUCAGCUCAUAUGAGGUCGGCUGUGGCGUGACGAAGUGCGGGAAUAAUUAUUUCUACGACUGCCAGUACUAUCGAGCAGGGAAUUACAAAGGAGUGCCACCGUACUCGCUGGGAGAACCCUGCUCGGCCUGUCCGAAAGCUUGUGACAACAAACUAUGCACCAAUCCUUGCCCUUAUAUCAACAUAUUCGCCAAUUGCCCCACCUUGACAAAACAGAGCUCAUGCAACGACUACCUGAAAGAAUGGUGUACAGCUCAGUGUUUCUGUCCCACCGAGAUUAUUCCUACUAACUAGUAAAAGAAGACAGGAACUGCUGGAAUUGUCUAGGCUGCAUUCCAAAACUGUUCUUAACUCACAGAUUUCUCCUCGUCAUUUUCUCUGAAACAAUUGAGAUGUUUCUAUACUUUAUUUCCUGCACUG